AUGCUGGGACUGCUUCUUGUACUGCUCUUUCUUGGGGGCGUUGCAAAGGCUGAAAAUGGAAGCCCCGGUUUUUUUCUGUUGCAGAUGCGCGGUCACUUUAUAUUGGAGUUUGAGGAGGCUUAUACCAAUUAUUCAAGGGCUUCAUUUCGUGUUGCCAAGGACAUGUGUUUUGAUCGUGGCGGUGUGCCCGCCAGUGAUCCGAACUUCUGUUACACCAAUGCCAUCUCCCUCCAGAUCAUGAAUCACCGGAAUGUAACGGGCACGAGCUUCUACGUUGGUGCCACAGCGAGCCCACAAGAUGCUAAUAUUAACCGUUGCCAUCCGAUUCCGGCAGGAUACUAUAAUGGGUCAAACUGCUUCUUCCGUUGGAUUUAUGGUUUCUACGAUCUACACAGCUACCAGGGUGAACCCGGCACCGCGUUCUGGCAAGGCAUCUACAGGUUCAAUAAGAAUCCAAAUGAAGCUGUGUUAAAUAACUAUGAACAAUACUUUUGGAACAGCACAAAGCCAUACCCACACGGAAGGUAUUACAUUAUCAAUGGUAUCAAUGUCUCUGAUGGUACCCUCUACCGGGCGGAUUGCCAUGAUUCCCCUCGUUCUGAAUGCGCUAACCCGAGCGAAAUGUUUCUUGUUGUGUGUGAGGUUCAGUGUUAUCCUGAGAAUCCUGUCAUCGCCCCCAAAGCCCCGCAGCCGAUCUUUGUACAGGGAUGGGAUGAUCUGACAUGGGCUCAAGAGCACUGGUUUGUGAUCUACAUUACUUUCAUUGUGAUCAUAUUGUUCGUAUGUGUGAUUAUCACGAUAUAUUGCUGGAUCACGUCUAGAGCGAGGCCCGUUGGAAAGCCGAUUAAUGCGAUGGUCAUUCGCGAGUACCAGGGGUUUCCAUUUGCUUCGACUGGUGAGGAUGGACUGGCAGGGGAGCACGUUCAGUUUUCGCUUAACCAUUGGGAUGCCGUUGAUGGCGGUGGCAACCCACCUGUGGAUCCCGAGGCGUUCAACUUUAGAAAUCCCCUGAUACUCGAGGCGCCAGAUGCCGAUCAGUAUGGCAAUGCAAACUGCCAUGCUGACACGCAGUUUAAACGAAGGAAUGAAGGCGGCCGCGAUAUCAACCUGGAGGGUCCACGUAAAUCGAAGACCUCUCCCCCUACCAAGGAUGCCAAUUCAGCAACUGCCUCGCGGGACCAAGGGUCGCAGAGACGCCUUCUGGCGAGCCAAACUAGUCGACAUGCUCGCAGCCAUACCACCAAUCCGUGCGUCUUCAGUGAGGUUGAUAUGCCUAGCGCAGGAGAAGUUCAUGAAGCCAAUGUCGAGCUUUAA